AUGAAGAUAGAAUCAUCUAGGAGAUGUGCUAAAGAUGGUGAGCUAGAUAAAUUUGUUUAUGUCUGCAACAAAUCUGGGAAGCCUAGAGAAGAAGAAGCAGUCCCAGUUAAGCAAAGGAAUCGUAAGCUAACUGUGCUGACCGACUGCAAAGCAAAGCUUCGAGUAAAACGUGAUGGUGCUAGAUGGAAAGUUACUCAGUUUGUUGAGGUGCAUACACAUGAGGUGAUUGACAAGUUUGCGCUGAAGAAGUACUUGAGAUCCCACAACAAGAUCCCUGCAGAAGAGAAAAAGUUCAUUGACUUGUUGCAUGAAGUCAACCUUACUUCAGGAAGAAUCAUGGAAAUCAUGGGGGGGCUAUAUGGGAGCAAGCAGAAUGUCCCAUACAACAGCAAAACAGUUAGUAACUACACUGCAAAACUAGGGAACUAUGACAGGAUUAAAGAUAUUCCAGAGCUGCUAGAAUAUGGUCAAUCCAUCCAGCUUGGUUGUGGUUUUGUGAGGAAUGAAUCUUCUGUGAAUUUUGUGUGGUUGUUUGAGCGGUUUUUAGAGGCAAUGGAUGGACUACAUCCAUUGAACAUCAUUACUGAUCAAGAUGCAGCUAUCAGAACUGCUAUCCUCAUUGUGUUCAUUGGCAUCAUACACAGGUUCUGCAGAUGGCAUAUGAUGCAAAAAGUACAGGAAAAACUUGGUACUUUUGUUGCUCAGAGAGAAGACUUGCGUUUAGAGUUCAAUGAUGUGAUUGACUACAGCAUGACACCGGAAGAGUUUGAACAGCGGUGGGCAAAUAUGGUGGAAACGCAUGGGGUUGCAGAUAACACACAUUUUCUUGACCUCUAUGAUUUGCGUGAGUAUUUUGUGCCAGCAUAUUUCCGCCACCGGUUUUUCCCAUUCCUUCAAACUACAUCUAGAAGUGAAGGGUUUAAUGCUGUUCUUAAGCAGUAUGUUCAUCCACAUGAUAGCCUUGUUCGUUUCUUCAAGCAGUACAUGAAACUACAGGAAAGAAUUGAUGUAACAGAAGAUGCUCAUGAGUUUGAUGGUGAUGAGAAGACAGUCAGGCUUUGGGGGGACUUCCCCAUGGAGAAGCAAAUCCUUCAGACAUACACCAUGCCCAUCUACAACCGCUUUCAGCUUGAGCUUCGCAAGAUUACAUCCUACAAUGUUCGUGACAUUGGUGUUACUGAACAAGGGAGCAUUCAUGAGGUUUUCCCAAUACAAGGAUCCGUGCGCGGGUACGGUAGGAGGAGUUAUCGUGUCGAUGCUGAUGUAGCUAAUGGAAUCUACAAUUGUGAAUGUUGCAAAAUUAACAGGGAUGGUAUCCUGUGCUGCCAUGCAAUGAAAGUUAUGUCACAUCUAGGGAUGGUUACAAAAUACCCAGAGCACUACAUCCUACCUAGGUGGUGUCUACCCCCUCCCGACAUAGUUGCACCGCGGGAUGAGAGUGAUUUUGCUAAGCUUGCUAUUGGUUUAGCGGCCUCAGAGAAAACUAAUGAAAUAGCUGAACGGCACAUGAGAGCAAUGGAGAAAGAGAUGGCAGAUUUGAAAAAGGCUAAUGCUGAUGCACUCAAAAAAAGGAAGAGCGCCAAGCAUCCAGUGAACACCAACCCUGCUAAUGAUUCACAAGAAAGUGUACCUAUGGAAGAAGAUGCUGCUACUGUGGAGAAUCGGAAAGCUAGGAACCCACCAAUGUCAGCGACAAAAGAGCGCCCAGGUUCAAAAAGAAAGAAAGGUGGUCUACAGUUACAGAAACCAAAACAAGGUCUUUGUGGUGUGUGCAAGCAACCAGGUCACGAUGCUCGUACGUGCGAGGUGCGACUAGCAAACCCAGAGAAGUACAGUUUGUUGGGCCUUUUUCAUUGA